AUGUCCCAGUUGGCAUCGACAGAGAUCAAUGAGCAUCCUUCAUUCAAUAUCGGUUUCUACCUUCUACAAUGGAGAUGUGUAGGAGAAACAAAGAAGUUCGCAAGAAGCAAACAAAUUCCCGAUACUGGUGGCUCAAAACCCAUCUCAAGGAAAAGACAUGAAAUAUUUUUACAAAUUGGGCGAAAAAUUAGCCGUGGAGAAAUGUAUAUAGCAACUCAUAAGAAGAAAGAUGGGUCCUUGGUGACUGAUGAAGCAAGGAAUAUAGCGGAACAAAUUGAACUACUUAUGACUCAAAAUGAGAAAGAUGAAUCUGGACCAUCCACAAAUGAUGCUAUUGGCAAAGUGUUUGGGGAGGAACAUUCUGGUAGGGUGCGAUGCUUGGGAAUGGGAGCUACACCUACUAAUACUUUCAGAGGUGCCAAUCAUCCUGGCCAGUUUGUUAAUUCUUCAAUUUCAAUGUCUUCUACCAAUUACUCCCAAGCUGAUUUUAAACGUUUAGAGUCUAAAUUUGAUGGGACAUUGACUGCACUAAAGGCUUAUUUCCUUUCUAAAGAAGGAAGAAUUCCUACUGAACUUACUAGUAUAUUUGACCACGGAACUCAGGCUAAUGAUGUUGAGAAUGAAAUUAUUACACCAGCAACAGAAAGAGCAUCAUCAUCAGGUGGAAGCAAUGAAAAUUGUGAAGACAUUGUUUAG